AUGGAAAUUGGCGACACAAGUGUAAAAGUUGGUGUUCGUGUUCGACCAUUGUCAAACAGUGAAGUGAAUGACGGGAGUUCGACCUGUUUGUCAUACUCAAAUGAAGAAAAUCAGCUAAUAAUUGGAAAUGACAGGCUUUUUGGCUUUGACUAUGUUUUCAAGGAAACAGAUUCUCAAGAGCAUGUUUACAAAAAGGCUGCACUUCCAAUGGUUGAAAGUAUUCUCAAAGGAUAUAAUGCUACUCUGUUUGCCUAUGGUCAAACUGGAAGUGGGAAAACAUAUACAAUGGGUACAUGUAUCUCUGAAAGUGUGGUAGAAGAAUCCGCUGGUAUUGUUCCUCGGAUUAUUAAGGAUUUAUUUGAGAGAAUGCCAAAUUAUGAGUAUGAAUAUACAGUGAAGGCUUCAUUCCUGGAGAUAUAUAAAGAGGAUAUACAUGAUCUGUUAGGCGAAGAUGUAUCUGCAUCCUUACAAAUACGUGAAGAGAAUCAACUUGUUAAGAUAACAGAGAUGAAUGGGGAGAAUACAGAAGAUACAUUAACAGCUAAAUUACAUUUAGUCGACCUAGCUGGGUCUGAACGAAUUAAGAAAACACAUGCUGAAGGUGACCGACUUAAAGAAGGUAUCGAUAUAAAUAGAGGAUUGCUUGCCCUUGGUAAUGUAAUAAGUGCUUUAUGCGAACGGGACGCAAAGAAACGAUCGCAUAUUCCAUAUCGCGAUUCACGUUUAACUCGCCUACUUCAAGAUUCGUUGGGCGGGAAUAGUACCACAUUAAUGCUUGCUUGUGUUAGUCCUGCAGAUAUAAAUAUGGAAGAGACAUUGAACACACUUCGGUGA